AUGGUAUCAAUCCAAACUGCACUCGAAACAAUUGCUCUUGAAAAAUACACAGAACCAUUCCAAGCUGCAGGGAUUUCGACUUUAGAUGACCUUCUUGCAUUAUCUGUUGAUCAGCUAACUCAAGCAAUGAACAGUGUUGGCAUGCUGAAAGGCCACACCUUUAAGCUUAAAAAGUUUGUUGAUGAUACCAAACUAAAAGGCUUCAAUCCAACCCCAACUCCUGCGCCUGUUAUAACUCCUCCAGCCCCAGCAGUUCACAAAGAAACUCCAGCAUCUAAUGGAAAUUCUCAGCCUGCACCGACACCUGCCCCUAGUAAAACAGUCCAAAAAAAUGAUAUCCCCGAAGCAAUAAACCCAACGCUUCUUUCAAGCCAAAUGGAUGGACUCACCAAGCAGCUCAAUGGCAUGAUAGCCCUUCACGACCAAGUAACUAGUACUCUCAAAGCUAUUCUUGACGUAGAUCUCAACAAAUAUAAAAAAGCUAUUGAAGAAAUUGAACAAGUCCAAGUUUCACUUAAAGCUUUCUUUGGAAAACAGCCUCAAAAGGACAUUGAAAUGCAAGGUUAA